AUGCUCAUCAACUUACUUGGCCUCCUGGCCUACGGCACGCUCUCUUGGGCGGCUGGCUCAAACUCUUCGCUCAUUGCAUCAAAUCACACCGAUAACUACAAUGCCAGCGAGGCAAUUGAGAUCUUCAAGGCCCGGUCUAAUGUCGAACCCAACUUUCGACUUAACUCGGCAUUUUCCAUCCUCGGCGUCGAUGCCCCGGCUGAAUUGCUCGAGCUUCCAGUCGGCACCUGCGACGCGGAGACGCCUUGCGUCAACGGUGCCUGCUGCAGCGGUAUCUCCGGGCUGUGCGGGUACUCCCUGGCUGAGUGCGGCGUCGGCAGUUGUACCUCCAACUGUGACGCCAAAGCCGAGUGCGGCGAAUACGGAACACCGGGAAAGCAAACUUGCCCUUUGGGAGUCUGCUGCUCCAAGUUUGGCUUCUGUGGUUCCACCGACGAGUUCUGCAACGCGGAUGAAGGUUGCCAGAAGGCAUUUGGAGGCUGCGGUCCUCCAAAACGCCCUUCUUGUAGCAAGGACGGCACGAGUAUCAAUAAGCGGUCCAUUGGCUACUACGAGACAUGGGCAAACACGCGCUCAUGCAGCGCUGUUGCCCCCGAGGACCUCAACCUUCAAGGCCUCACACAUGUCAAUUUUGCCUUCAUGUUCUUCGAGCCCGACACAUUUAAGCUCACGCCGAUGGACAAGAAUGCCGGUUCGCUCCUGAGCCGGUUUACGAAAAUUAAGGAGAGGAAGCCAGGCCUGGAAACGUGGGUCAGUGUUGGAGGAUGGUCCUUUAACGAUCCGGGCAAGUACCAGCAAGCCUUCAGUAUUAUGUCCAGUACAGCUGCGAACCGUAAGAAGUUCAUCGACAACCUCAUCAAGUUCAUGGAGACAUACGGGUUUGAUGGUAUGGACAUGGACUGGGAGUAUCCGACAGCAGAUGACCGUGGCGGCAAGCCUGAGGACAAGAACAGCUUCGUGCUGCUCUCCAAAGACAUCAAAGAGGCUUUCGCCAAGAAGAAAUAUGGCUAUUCCCUCACCCUACCCGCUCCCCUAUCCGGGAGGGCUCUGACACCCGCCUCCUACUGGUACCUGCAGCACUUCGACUUGGCCAAGCUCCAACCUCAUGUCGAUUGGUUCAACCUCAUGUCGUACGACCUUCACGGCACAUGGGAUGCAGCCUCAAAGUUCGUGGGACCAUAUUUGGCAACCCACACCAACCUCACCGAAAUUGAUCUCGGUCUGGACCUGCUUUGGAGAGCUGGAGUAAAGCCUGGAAAUAUUGUUCUAGGCCAGGGACUGUACGGCCGUUCCUUCACCCUAAAAGACCCCAACUGCAAUACGCCUAAUGGCGUAUGCCAGUUCGCCGGCGGCGCCGAGGCAGGUCCUUGUUCCAAGGCAUCAGGCAUUCUCAAUCUGCAAGAGAUCAUGGACAUAAUCGAUGACAAAAAGCUCAAACCAACUCACGAUGAAAAGGCCGGGGUUAAGUGGAUUCAUUGGGGCAACGAUCAAUGGGUGUCCUAUGAUGACGCUGACACUCUCAUGCAAAAACGCGAGUUUGCUGCCUCUCGUUGCCUCGGGGGGAUGAUGAUCUGGGCUCUGGAUCAGAUAGACCAGGAGUCAGAGGGGUUCGCCGGAGGCCUGACGCCGGAAGAGCUCGAGGAGGCCGAGAGCAUGUACCAAGACGAUGCUGCGAGGGGUGUCUGCUACACCACUAUGUGCGACGAGAAGUGUCGCAACGGCGACCACGAGGCUUCACAAAUGAGAGGACAGCCCGGGACAUUGUCAACAAUGUCCCGCUGCCCCAAAGACCAAGUACGCCGCCUCUGUUGUAUCAAGGGGACUACUAUGGGCACUUGCAAGUGGCGCGGCUUCCGAGGUAUGGGCCUCUCCUGCACUGGUGGUUGCGGUCAAGGGGAGACAGAGCUCACAAUCAACACCAACCACCAGAGCAAGGACGAAGACCAGACUUGCACAGGUGGCACUCAGAGCUAUUGCUGUGCUGGCUUCAAGCCUCCGAUUUCGAGAGAACAGAUCCAGGAGAAGUUCGAAGACGAGGUGGCGGAUCUGGCUCUUGAAGCCGCCGAGACUCUUGCUCUUGAAAUCGCAGCCAAGGCCUUCUGCCGCGUGGCUAUCAUGGCCGCAACGCUUCGCCUCCGCCUGAUCCCUAUUGUCGGUUGGAUCGCUUCCAUUGCCCUCCAGAUCGCCAUGCCCGCUUUGGUGAGUGUGUGCGCCAAGGGUGUCGCAAAGGCCGGCAAGUCCGUCUUCAAGUUUAAGGGCAAGGACUACGAUGUCAAGCUAGACAAGCCGCUGACUACCAAGGGCAACCGUCCCGCGAUCCAGUCACCUACUAAAGCGAAAGAGCGCCCACAGACUUGCAAGAAGAAGAAUCUAGCCAAGAGAGUCGCAAUCAGGCCUGCUACUGCAUGGGAUGAGGUUUGGGCCGCGCCCGCAGGUCGUCACGUAUUGAGGCGUACUUGCUAUGGCGACAGGGCCUCUCAGGCUUGCUACCACUACAGUUCCGUCAUCAACCGGCGUCCGGAUCUCAAAUCUCUCACUUGUGGUAACGUUCACGGCGGUGCUGAUCGCGAAGUACGAGACGAGUAUCACAAUCAGCACCAUAAGGACUGGAGUAGUGGUUGGAUGCAAGAGCCCAUCGAGUGUCAGCGAGACGAGUACCCUGGAGCAGCCGUCUGGCGUGCACGCGACAAGAGCGUCUGGAUUCGUCUGAUUCCCCGAGCUGACAACGCUGCGGCGAAUGCGUUGUUCAGGGGAUGCCCAGACAGAGAAGUCGAUGAGCUAGUAGGUGAGCAUAAGACCAGCGAGACCGUCGAUUGCAAUGGCAAAAGUACAGAGUGGUGGGUUAGGACGCUGCGCAAGAUGGAGACCGUCAUCGACAUCAACUUUGCCAAUAUGGAAAACAUGCCCCCUGACUGGGGAAUCACCGCCAACCCGUGCUGGCCCUCGACCCUCGUUCCGGACCCUGGCUUCGCGCUCCUGACCGAUGACCCGUGGUACGCCAACAAGGCGGCCAACCGUGCUUACACGCAGUACUAUGCCGCAGCUCCUCUCGCACAGUUCACCAACGGCAAACAAAACCGACCCGGGUACGGCUUCACCAAGAAGAAGUCGACCAACCCUAAGCCACCAACCCAGCCCGACAGCGACUCCGAUACCGACAUGCCCGACUACCCGGACGACGACUCAGAUGACGAGGACUACCCCGGAAGUCGUCGCCGCGCGGUGGAUGAGAUCCACAGCGGCAACAGGUCGCCCAACGAUCUCAUCAUCGACGAGGGCAACUCUACCCGCCGGCCCACCGCCGAGGAGCUGCUCGAAGACUUCGGACUCAUCAAGUGCGAGGACCAGCACUGCCAGAGCGAAAUGGAGGAGCUCGGCUACGCGUCGCUCCCGGUCGAGCACGGGAUCGUGGCUACUGCCACCUCGCCGGCCACUGUUACUGCGGUCACGACGAGUUUCGCCGAGGCCAGCGACAUGGAGCUGCCUACUUCCUUGAGACACGCGCUGGGAGUCUCCGCUGACGUGACGGACGCUGCGAGGUCCAUCAUCACUCCUGCGCCAAGGCAUAACCCCACCAUUUAA